AGUAUAGCAUUUGUCAAAAACUAGACAAGAGUAUACAUAGAGUAUGGCUGAAUUUGCAGUAAAAUGUUGCCUUUUUCUAUUUCUUAGUAUAGCUACUGGAAUAUGCAUGGGAGGCAAAAAUGUUGAUGUCCACAAGCAAGGAGGAACAGGGCAGAGAGCACAGUUCCAGUGCUCAUCUUUUACUAGUGUCUGGUCUUAUAAUAAUAAUGGAGGGAAUAAGUACUCAGCAGGUGUUUUGACUAAUGGAGACAUCAUGAGUAUUCAAACAGUCGUAGCACAGCAUGAAGGGGUUUAUCAGUGCAGCUAUGGUAAUGGCGGCAUUGAUACUUUUAAUCUCAUUGUAAUGGCUGUGCCCAAGUUCAAAGGCUGUUCACCUGUGAAGAAUUGUAACCUUAGAACAACUACUACAGUCUCAGAAGGAGACCAAAUACCAUUCAAUAUAUCAAUGGACUAUGUCAAUGGAGGACCAAGUGGCAAAAAGCAAGAAAUUGCAUUUGGCCGGCUAAAGAAGGGCUCCACACCACUUCUGAGCUGUUCCAAAACUGGCUGCUACAAAAUUGGUCGGGCAUCUUACACACGUAGUAGCUCUGACCCAUGGGAUAUAAAAAUGAAUGUCAGCAAUGCCGUCUCAUCAGACAGUGGUGUGUACUAUGCAGAGAUAGACAUCAAUGAAGGCUCUAAUGUCUUCUCUACGAUGACCGCUACAUUUACAGUCAGUGUGACACCAACUCCCACAAAGCUUCCUGAACCAACUACAACUUCUACAGCAUCGUAUACUUCGUACUACACCGUUCAAGCAACUACAACUCCAUCUACAUGUACAUGUACAUGUAGCUGUCCUGUUAGCUAAAUCUGCAGCAACAAACUAUUAUUGACAUUAUAAUUAUUAUUAAUAAUUAUUUUAUUGAAAUGUGUGAAUGUUCACUGAACAAGCGAUUAUUUAUUCUUUAGCUA